ACCGCCCUUUCAUCGUGAGGGCAACUUCCCAAUUCCCACUCUUUCUCUCUCUCCCUCUCGUUUCGAAUCUUUAAACCGAAAGGAUCAAAUCUCCCUUCAUCGCUGCCGCCUAAAUGUCUCAGGUUGAUAGCAGAAACUCUUCAGCAGCCAAGCGUGCUAGAACGGAUGGUAGUCGUAGGGAAGAUGAUUGGACCUGCCCUAGUUGUGGGAAUGUCAAUUUUUCAUUUAGGACUACUUGCAAUAUGCGCAAUUGCACUCAACCCCGGCCAGCUGAUCAUAAUUCAAAAUCAGCUGCCAAGCCUCUGCAAGCCCCACAGAAUUACUCUUCAUCUGCUCCUUAUGUAGGUUCUGGUGCACCAUCUUCGUUGUAUCUGGGUGUAGCUCCUUAUGGUUCUUCCCUCUUCAAUGGUUCCUCUAUUCCUCCAUAUGACGUUCCUUUUUCGGGAGGAUCAGCUUAUCAUUACAAUUAUGGCAGUCAUCUUUCUGGUGGCAGUCCCUAUCGGCCGAUACAUAUGCCUGGACCACCCCCCUAUUCUAGUGGGUCUAUGAUUGGAAAUGGUGGGAUGUAUGGCAUGCCUCCUUUGAUGGACCGCUAUGGCUUGGGGUUGCCCAUGGGCCUUCCUCCAAUGGGACCAAGGCCAGGAUUUUUUCCAGAUGAUAAAUUACAGAAAAAGGGUGCAGAUGCUACACGCGAUAAUGAUUGGACAUGCCCAAAAUGUGGGAAUAUUAACUUCUCUUUCAGAACCGUCUGUAACAUGCGGAAAUGCAAUACACCUAAGCCUGGAUCUCAGGCUCCAAAAUCAGAUAAAAAUUUGAAACAAAAGAUGCCUGAGGGAAGCUGGAAGUGUGAGAAAUGUAGUAAUAUUAACUAUCCUUUUAGGACAAAGUGCAACAGACAAAAUUGUGGGGCUGACAAACCAGCCGAAUCAAAGAAGUCCCCCUCACCAACAGCAAAUGAAAAUGAUCAGUGAGUACUAGGACAUGUUUGAGGGUUGAGAAGGUCCAGAGUUGUCGUCCAGCAUUGCUCAAUAUGGGUGUCUGAAAGUCAGUCUUGUCGUCCUCAUGUUGCAGCGGUUGUCAAGUUACUUUACCUUCUCAUGAUCAGUGUCCAGUUGUUGUAUUAAUGCUAUGGUAUUGUGGUCUCUAUGGAUCGUUGAUGCAUUAUGUGUCAACCAUCUUAAUCUGGAAAAUGUUUCACAGGUGGGUUCUGGUUUCUGUUAGGUAGAUUUUGUACUUUGGAAUUAACUCAGCUAUUCUAGUUAGCAUGUUGCUUUGGACUUAGACAUAUUGCUAGUGGGGAAAGAAACUGCAGGUUGCACAUUCCUGGUUUUCAUUCAGUUUGUUUUGUCUGUGUUGAGUUAUCAUUAUGUCAACCUAAAGCUUCUAUUAGAAGCAUAAGAAGUACUAAACUUCCAACAUUUAAUUAGAUCUAUUGUCAAGUAAUGCGGAGAGUAGGAAAUUUUCAGUUGUUUCCACACUUGACUAUAGGAAGUAGAGGCCAAUUGUAUCGGGUGUUUUUUUUUUUUUGCUUGUGAUAUGGUCUAAACAAGGAUCUAUUGUUGUGAUUUUGAAAGAUUUUCUUCAGAUCUUUCGGAAAUUACACGUUGACCUUAUAGGAUUAAUUACUGGAGAUAUGGUCGGUCACUGUGUCUCCUAUUUUGCACUGUCAUAGAUUAAGCUUUGUCCCCCGUUGGCACAUUCUAAUUGCAUGAAGUACUCUGGUCAAUUUGCUGUAUGUAGUAUUUAUUCUUCCCGUCAUUGUGUGGUGGUUAACUUGAAUUGAUACUCUCUAGUUUCUUAGUAUAACAUUUUGCAUCAAGUUGCAACAAGUCCUUCAACGUUCGGAGAAAAUAUAGGUUUGAUUAAGUUCAUGAAGCUGCGUUUUUAAAAUUCUGUCUUGAAUCUUUGAUGUAAUUGACGUUUCUGCUAGCCAUGUACUUUUGGGUCGUCAUGGUAGAAUUUUUGCCAGGUCCAGUUGGCAUGAGUAUGACAUGUAACGGUGUAAGCACUGGUUUUGUUCUUGGACUCCCCUAGAAUAGUUUUAAGUGCAGCCAGCCAGGAUAGUAUUUUGUUGAUCUGUUUUUGGUUAAAACCAAAGGUCGGAACUACAAAUGUUUUAAAAUGUAAAAUUAUAAGGGCAAUGACGGUAGUUUUGUUUUAAACCAUGCGAGUAAUAUGGGAGUAGCGGCAUUUUACGUUAUUAUCUCCGAGGAUAAUGUUUCGUCUGACAUGGACAGAUCAUGCACAACUAGACAGGUCGAGUACGUCUCGACACCUGAUUCGACUUCAUGACAUUUAUAUUCGAUUUUAAUCUGACAUCAAAAUAUUAUUUCUUCAUAUUUGAUCUG